AUGGCUCCGAGCGACAAGUCUGUCGUAAAACACCAUAGUAGGCAACGCCCACCCGCCUCUGAAGACGAAAACGUCAUCGACAUCUCGUCCGACGAUGAUCCUGCGCUACCUGAAGCCUCCACCUCGUUUCACCGCAACCCUAAUGGCAAACGUCGGUCUUCGCGCCCCACAGACACGCACGAGACGAUAUCCGACGAUCAUCCGAACCGACAGAGCAAGCGUCCGAAAAAUCAGUCAGCACCAACGGCAGCGGACGCGGUGUGCCACUUGGAGAAAGACCUCAAGAUACAGAUCGAUAGGAAUGACGCGCUGCAGGAAGCACUCACCGCCGCCUCUUCCGCCCGAGAGAAGUUGCAACGUGAGCUCGAGGCCGCGUACAAGGCUUCCGACGAGCUGUUGAAGGAGCUGGUUUCUACGACUGAGGAUAUCGAAGACCCUCAAGCCCUACCGCAGCGCGAGGAGACGGUCAAUGCCGCUCAGGCAUUCAUUGACGCUUUGCAAAGCGACACGACCUGUACCAUCUGUACUCAUCGGCUGUGGCUCCCAUACGCCCUGUCCUGUGGUCAUACAGCGUGUCAAACCUGCAUACAAGAAUGGUUCAACGAGGCGCUCAUACAACAUCUAGACAAGAACCCGCAUCUAGAAAUGCCAAACGUACAGCCUUACCGCGAGGCGCUGCGCAACCCGGAGCUGCAAGGAGUGGAUCGUGACCGCGUCAAGGCAGAGCUUACUGCCGUUCUUCAGCACUAUCCCCCUCCGCGGUAUACUUGUCCAAUUUGCCGGCAGGUCGUCAAAGCGAGGCCCACAGAAGAAGUCGCCCUACGGAGCAUCGUAUGGACGGUGGCUGAAAUACAAGGAGAAGAGAAUCCGUACAAGCGCAUCCCUGAGGCGGGUGGAAGUAUCCACGGAAACGAAGGGAUCUGGGACGGAUUCUUUACACAUAUGACAUACGACUUAGAGCUCCAUUAG